GCCGAACAAGCUCACCAAAUCGCCGGUUCGGAGCUCAGAUUACGCAGUGACCGCUUUAUCCUCGAUUGAAGCGAAUCCGGACCCAAUCCCUCAUUUAUCGACCCUUAUUCCGACGCUCUCCUUCCCGUUCCGCGCACUCCGCACCACCCUUCAUCAUGGUCCACAAAGUCCUCUUCUGGGGCGGCUUCGGCAUCGCCGUCCGUCUCUGGCAGCUCGGAAUCGAAAUGCGUCCCAUUCUCGCCAAGGAAUCUCUCUGGGUGUACCCUCUCUUCGCCGGCGUCGGUAGCAGCUUCGGAUACUGGCUCCAGGGCGUUGAGGACAGACAGCUCAAGAUCCUUGCGCAGCGCCGCGAGGCUAUUCUCGAAAAGCGUCGGAGACGUGACCAGACCACAUUGAGCAAGGUUGAGGAGGCCGGCACUCUUGCCGCGACGUCGUGAAUGUGGUAUAGGUGGUUGGAGGACAGGAUUAGGAGACGAUGGCUGUGUUAGUCGACUUGGUUGGCCAACAAUCCAGUCGUUCUUGUAUCAAAAUUCGAUCGGUUAUGCUCGGGCUCCUGUUACCAAAAGAGGGGAAGACAUGAAGGCUUUUGUGCCUAUGAGCAAGACCUAAAUUAUGUGUUUACUUUCAAUUGUUUUAUUCCACUGUUCGCAUUGCAAUGGCAGAUUUUCGUUUGCUUUUUGAUUGUAUCUGUAUGUUCAUAUCGUUGCUCUGUAGCGCCCGCCAUCUUUCUUUCGAGAUGUGAUCCGUGCAGGGUUUCUAUUUCCCUGUGUUCACACAAGCUAGGUAUCCCAUAAAGGCUGUGGAUUAAGGUGUCUAGCAUCUACAAUGCAUAUAUAGCGAAGAAGCAAUCCUCGA